UAGCUUGUAAAACCUAGACUGAAUCCAAUCUCCUUGAUUAAUGCAACAUCUAUUUCACCAGCAUUUCCUUGAAUAAAAUAUAUUAGGUUUAAGCUUUCUUUUUGCUGCUUUGAUCCCUCUAGCAUGUUUGGACAUCUCUGUGUGUGUGUGUGUGUGUAUGAGAGAGAGUGUGAUAUAGUUAAUGAGGAAGUUUUUCAAACUGUUUGAUGAUUGAUUUUUUCUGGGAAUAUACAUUCGAACUCGCGCGGCGGCCUAGAAAGUUGAAACUAAUAUUCCCAAUCAUUGGCCUAACUGCCACUCAUCCUUCUUCUUCAAAUUUCUUUCUUACCUUGAAGACACAAAUUCUAGAGUACUAGACAACUAGAGAGAGGAAUUCAACGGGAUCAUAUUCAUUCGUUUUUCCGUAUAUAUGUUUCCUUGACAUAUUGUCCAGUGUGAGAGAAAGGACCAGUUUUUUUUUUUUUUUUUUUAUAUAUAUACUUUUAUUCAGUUAGUUGUAGCCUGCAGCCAGGACUCGCUCUUCUGUUCUUUCUCUGAACCUAUCGAAGUGAUAAAAUUUGAAAAGAAGUCAGAAUGCUGCCAAGUUUAUUCCAGACAAAAAAGACAUAUGUUCUUUCACUCUUAAACCAUUCCAAAUCAUCAUCAUCAUCAUCAUCAUCUUAGAUUAUUUCUUGCAUCGAUGUUCGUGCCCCCUUCUUUUUUUUUCCCCUUAAAAUUUAUCUUUUCUUUCCUUCAAGCAGGCUCUGAUCCAAGGAAACCGUGCACUUCCUCCUCUUUUUGGUUUUAGGCCCCCCUAAACUUUUUCCGAAACCUUUCAAAAUCAACUUGGCGCGUGCUUAAUUUUAUACUCUUCGACUUUCAUGACAUCAUCUUCACCCUUUGGUCUUUAACAUUCUUUGAAUGAUAUAUAUCCAUCUAAAAAAAUAAAUAAAUAAAAUCAAUCUUUAACUAGUUGUAGGAAUGUUAGUUUAUCCCCGUUGAUUUCUGGGGAAUCGCGUACACAUAGUAUAUAGUUAUAAAUGAAAAUUAGGGUGAUAGAAAUCUUGAUGAUGAAGGCCCCUCAGCUUCUUGAUUUCAUCAUUUCACCAUUCUCCACCACAAGACAACAUCAUUAGUGCAGACCUUUUCACAAUUUUACUUGUCCGCUUCUACAUUAGUACCUUCCAAUUCUUGUAAAUCAUGGCCAUUAAUUAGCUUUAAUUGAUCCCAGCCCCCCACCCCCCUGAAUUCAUUCCUUAUAGACGUAAUUAACAUUUAACAAGCUCUCAUCAUUUUCCUUUUUCCUAUCUCAUCAAUCUUAAUCCACUAUAAUUACAUCAAUUUCCAUAUGCAAGUACUGUUUUAAAAGUUUUAGAAAAUAAAAAAAGAAGCUUUUAUGAGUGACAAAGUCCUGUAACCUUCUCGAAUUGAAAUGUUUUUGAUUGUUGCUUACCACCAUAUAUGCAUGGUCUUGAUGAUUAUUUCUCAUCUCUCUUGUCUCACACUUGUCAUGUCUUGAUUUGAGAGCUUCAAUUACUAUUAGCCUGUCCCUCUCAUAUUUCUAUAUGGUACUUUGCUCCUGUGUGUGUGCACAUUCUACAACAAAGAAAAGAGCAUCAGCUGAGAGACCAUGAUGGAUACAGCAGAAUCAUGUGUUCCUCCAGGAUUUCGAUUUCAUCCAACGGACGAAGAGCUUGUAGGGUACUACCUAAGGAAGAAGGUUGCAUCACAGAAGAUUGAUCUUGAUGUUAUUAGAGACAUUGAUUUAUACAGGAUUGAACCAUGGGAUCUACAAGAUAAAUGCCGGAUCGGGUAUGAAGAACAGAAUGAAUGGUAUUUUUUCAGUCAUAAAGAUAAGAAGUAUCCAACCGGGACAAGGACAAAUAGAGCAACCAUAGCCGGGUUCUGGAAAGCAACCGGUCGAGACAAGUCGGUUUACGACAAAGCAAAACUCAUUGGGAUGAGGAAAACUCUGGUUUUCUACAAAGGAAGGGCACCAAAUGGCCAAAAAACUGACUGGAUCAUGCAUGAAUACCGUCUGGAAUCCGAAGAAAAUGGCCCUCCUCAGGAAGAAGGAUGGGUGGUUUGUCGAGCAUUUAAGAAAAGAACAACAGGGCAAAGUACAAAAAGCGUGGAGACUUGGGACUCAAGCUACUUCUACGAUGAACCAAGUGGAAUCAGCUCCGUUGUGGAUCCUCUCGAUUACAUUACGAAACAGCCUUGUUCAAACUAUUUGUCCCACCAGAAUUUCAUCUGCAAGCAGGAGUUUGAUCAUCAACAACAACAACAAGCAGCAGAUCACAACAACUUCAGUUGUUUCAUCAAUUCUGAUCCCUUUGGACAGCUUCCCCAGCUUGAAAGCCCGUCUUUGCCCUUAGCCAAACGGUCCAGCUCAAUGUCAUUAGUAUCAGAAUACAGUACUCAAGACGAGGAUCAUCAAAACCUGAUCAGGGGUGAUAUUGGUAGCAAGCAAAAAGUUACAGAUUGGAGAGAUCUGGAUAAGUUUGUGGCUUCUCAGCUCAGCCAUGAUCCGGAAGUAAGAUACGAACAUCAUCAAGGGGAUGCGGUGACGUCAUCAUCGGCUGGAUUGUUCGAAGGACUUGAUGAUAGUUCAGAUUUGGGAUAUUUGCUAUUGGGUGGAAGGGAAGAAGGGUCUUCCAAGUUGAUGAAUGGGUUCUUGAGUUCGGGCUCUGAUUGCGAUAUUGGAAUUUGUGUAUUUGAUAAAUAAAAAGAGUAUGGUUUUUUAUAUUCAAAUUAAUCAGGGAGUAGUACGUAUUCUUAAUCCAUAUGAAUGUUUUUACUUACUACGUAUAGUUAAUGUCCCAGUUCUGAUAUGGUGAUAUGUGUUCUUGGAAGAACAGAUACUGAGAUCAGAACAAAUAUUGUUAUCUUGUAAACAAAAAAAAAAA